CUGACAUACACGGCGAUCUAUCGCUCCGGUUCUCCGCUGCCUUCACAUGAGUCCCCACCGACUCCGCGUAGCGCUGGCUGCGCCAAGAUGAGCGGUCGUCCCGGUACCAUCUGAACGUCUCACUGCCUGAGUGACCCGGAGCUGGAGAGAGAGAGAGAGAGACAGACAGACAGAGAGAAAGAGAGAGAGACAAUCUUUCCUCUCUCACAACCCAUCUUCCGUUCGCUUGAAAGAGACCGCAGCGCAAGCCGUUUCUUUCGGCAUCUUUUCUUUAUUUCACCCCCUCCUCCUCCUUUCGCUGCACCCCUCCGUUAUUGUUGAUCUCCCACGUUUAAAGGAGAAACCGGAGAGCCCUGUCGUGAUUUUGUGGAAAUACAUUUUGCAUUUUUUUUCUGCUGAGUGUUGGUAGCGCGCUGUUGGUGCGCGCUUUUGCAAAUUCCGGUGAAUGGUGGAUUUGGCAAACAUGGAGACCGUGGAGAAGGAAUGCGGGGCCCUCGGGGGUUUAUUCCAGGCGAUUGUCAACGACAUGAAGUGCUCCUAUCCUGUGUGGGAGGACUUCAGCGCCAAGGCCACCAAGCUGCAUUCCCAGCUCCGAACCACUGUUCUGGCAGCUGUGGCCUUCCUGGAUGCCUUUCAGAAGGUGGCAGACAUGGCUACCAACACAAGAGGGGCAACCAGAGAUAUCGGUUCAGCUCUGACCAGGAUGUGCAUGAGGCAUCGCAGCAUCGAGGCCAAACUUCGCCAGUUCACCAAUGUUCUGAUGGAGAGUCUGAUCACUCCUCUCCAGGACAAGAUUGAGGAUUGGAAGAAGACAGCCAACCAGCUGGAUAAAGACCAUGCCAAAGAGUAUAAGAGGUCCCGCCACGAGAUCAAGAAGAAGUCAUCCGACACCAUGAAACUGCAGAAGAAGGCUCGUAAAGAGAUCCAGGGACGAGUGGACCUGCAGCCUCAGCUGGACAGUGCCAUGCAGGAUGUGACUGACCUGUGUCUGUUGAUGGAGGAGACAGAGAAGCAGGCGGUGCGCCGGGCCCUGGUGGAGGAGAGGGGUCGCUUCUGCACAUUCAUCGGCUUCCUUCAGCCUGUUGUGAACGGAGAGAUCGCCAUGCUGGGAGAGAUCACACACCUCCAGGCCAUCAUUGAUGACCUCACUGUGCUGACAACUGAUCCUCACAAACUGCCCCCAGCUAGUGAACAGGUGAUUAAAGAUCUGAAGGGGUCAGAUUACAGCUGGUCCUAUCAGACACCUCCUUCAUCCCCAAGCAGCUCCUGCUCCCGCAAGAGCAGCAUGUGCAGCAGUGUCAACAGCGCCCACAGUAGUGCCUCCCGUUCAUCAGGGGGAGGCGGUAAUGGUAGUUUUGGUGGAGGGGGUGGAGGCUCCCAGCCCCACUCACCCACCUCAUCCUCCUCCUCCUCCUCCUAUCGCUAUCGCAGCACCCUGCCGCAUCAGCCUCCGCCACCAGGUGGCAUUGCGGCCCACCGCCUCAGCAGCGUCUCCUCCCACGAUUCUGGCUUCGUGUCCCAGGAUGCAAACAUCUACUCCAAGCCCCCCUCGCCUAUGCCCUCAGACAUCACUAGCCAGAAGUCAUCCAGCUCAGCAUCGUCAGAGGCCUCAGAAACAUGCCAGUCAGUCAGUGAAUGCAGCUCCCCCACCACUUUUGGCACGUCCUUCGCUACCUUCCGCCCUGCUCUCUCUCACUCUGGCUCCCCCAGGCCACUCUCUGUCAUUCUUCCUGUUCCUGCGUCCCCACCCUAUAACUGCCCCCCCGGAUCCAGCUCCACCUCUCCCACAUCAAAGGUUCCUAUGUGGAAGGAUUGGUCCAAAGCAGGUCAGUAUGAGCAGCCUGUGGCUGCAGCGACAGUUCAGAGGAGAAAGGAACCUCUUGAUAGACUGAGGGAGAACGAGAUGUCACCGGUCUCCCACGCAUACACCGGGCCAUCACACACGGAUGAUGUGCAGAGACACAGGAUGACACCGGCUAACAUCGCUGCCAAGCAUGGCGAGGAGGUUUCUCCAGCAGCCAGUGACCUGGCCAUGGUGCUGACCAGAGGACUGAGUAUGGAGCAGCAGAAAAGCAGCAGGGACUCCCUGCAGUACUCCAGUGGCUACAGUACAGAGACUACAACCCCAUCCUGCUCUGAGGACACAAUUCCUUCACAAGGUUCUGACUAUGACUGCUACUCAGUGAAUGGUGACGUUGAAGGUCCAGAUGGACAGACAGAGUUUGACAAGUCCUCCACCAUUCCUCGCCACUCUAAUAUCGCCCAGAACUAUCGGCGCAUGAUCCAGACCAAGAGGCCAGCGAGCACAGCCGGCCUACCAAGUGGGGUUCUUGGUCCUGGGGGUCAUGGGAUACCAGGUCAACCUGGUGGAGCUGGUGGAGGUGGAGCAGGUACUCCAGGCACUGCCACCAUCCGCCGAACCCCAUCUACUAAACCAGGCGUGAGGCGCACAUUGUCCAGUGCCGGGCCUAUCCCCAUCCGACCACCCAUUGUGCCUGUCAAGACACCCACUGUUCCAGGAGACUCACAUUCACUUGGUGCAACUGGUGGGUACGCAGGUGGAGGGCACUCAGGUUGUGUGCCUGUACGUGUGGGCAGUGAGGAGUGUGUCUUCUUCACUGGAGUUGAGGAUGCACAGGGAGCACUGGAUUAUGUGAAAGCGUCACCAAAGCGCCUCAGCUUGCCUAACACCGCCUGGGGAUCAGGUGCGGCAUUAGAAAUCUACACCCAGCAGCAUGGAGGCCUUGCAAUGGGAACUGGCUCCGGGGUUGGAUCAGAGGAGGAUCAGAUGAUCGCGGCCAAUCGGCACAGCCUAGUGGAGAAGAUUGGCGAGUUGGUAGCCAGUGCACACGCCCUUGGAGAAGGGCAGUUUCCUUUCCCUGUCCUCCCCGAUGACCCGGCCCUGCCACCAACUGGCCCCGCCGACACUCUGUCAGGGAUAGAGGGGGCAGAAGGGUCCGGUGACAUGUUGACCACCAUCAGGAGAGGGGUCCGCCUUCGCAAGACCGUAUCCAAUGACCGCUCGGCGCCGCGCAUCUUGUGAUGGGAGGAGAAGCAGGAAGAAGAUGAUACUUGUCAGCCAAUAGGGAGUCAGGUGUUGGUGUGGUGCAACCCAACCACCUAGUACAUACACAAACACUUAACUAUGUAGGGAAAGCUAUAAUGUAACAGAAGAUGAAUGAAAACAUACAUAAAAAAUAAGUUUAAAGACACCAUUAGAGUAAAUUAUAUAUAAUAUAAUGAUAAUAAUAACAUUGAUAAUGUUAACUCAUGCUGACAAUUAAAAGUGAAAUACUGAAUAUUGACAGGCUCCUAGCAGGCCACUAUAACUAGUGUGUGUUGGACGCAUGUUUGUCUUCUCUACACCUUCACCCAGGGACGAAAAACAGAUAUUAUAAAAAAAGGUAAAGAAUGAAAGAAAGACUGGGUUCUGUUUGUCAAUUUAGACUUUUCCCCAUCCUCUUCUCCAACUAACCUGACUGUCUAAUCCUAGAUGAAAGACUGAUGACUGAAGGAGGGCUCUGUGGGGGCAAGAGAGAGGGGGUCAUAGUAUCCUGUGACCAGCUGGAUUAGAACCCAAGGUGUCUCAGCAGCAACAUACUGUAAUUAUUAGCCCACUGAACUUAAGCUUUGGUAUUAGCACGGGGAGCUAACAAGCCAGAGGGCUCCUCUGGUUCAUCCUAAUGUAAAAGUCUUUAAAAAAAAUACUGUUGGCAUUGAACCGUGCUAGUGCCCCCUUCCCCUCUCUCUCUCUCUCUCUCUCUCUCUCUCUCUCUCUCUCUCUCUCUCUCUCUCUCUCUCUCUCUCUCUCUCUCUCUCUCUCUCUCUGUGUAGUGUGUACUUUCAUGUGUAUGCAUGUGGGAAAAUGUGAGUGUGUAUGCACAUGUGAUUGAUAGUGCGUGUGCGCGAGGGGGGUGGGUAGAGCUCUGCUGCAGGACAGCUGGUUACCCAAUGAGGGCAGGGCUUUUCUCCUGUGUGUUGUACGUGUAUUUUCUUGUUUAUAUCGUGACGUCAUUUACCUUGUUACAACUGUACGAGAAGUAAUCCAGGCGUAUAGAUAUAUUCAUAUAUAUUUUCUAGAACCAGAGAGAAAAUGUUAAAUUAGAAAUGGAGCAAUAAAUGUGUUUUAUUUUCUUGUUUCCAAGAAGAGGAUCGAUGGAGGACUGUAGGUUCUCCUUUGUCACAUUCAGGCAAUCAUCAGGAAUGCUUAAUUACAUGUCGACUGUGAAUUCAUGCCUAGCCAGUUUGGUGUGUCUCUCUCCCUGUCGCUGUCUCUUUCUGGUGGAUGGAAUGGAUUUCAAAUCUUUUGAAAAACAAACAAACUGUAAAGCACUUUGAUAGGUGGUAGUAUGUACAAUAGCUGCUAGAUGUUGCUGUAGUCAUACCGUGUGAAAGGGAGAGUGAAAGUGAGAGAGAUGGUUGCAAAUAAGAGGGAAGGAAAUUAUUUAAUUCCUAGUAGAAGACAGGGCGGGACAAAGAGGAAGUGAAAAAGAUGGGUGGAAUUGGAGUGAUUGUUCAAAUGAGAGAAGGGAUAAGAAAGUUGAGGAAAAAUAUUUAUCGAAAAAAAGGAUUGAACGUCAGGGCUCUUCAGGGUUCUACAAGCCAUCGCGCUGCUGUGGAUUGUGAAUAGUACUUUUUAUGUGGUUGCACUGAACACAUAAUGCAAAAAAUACACUGCACAGAUAGGUGAGUGUACUUUUGGAUUUAGGCUUUAAAGGGUUGGUUGACCCUAGUGACAACCACACAUAUUUUCUAUCAAGCCAUGCAAAUAGCAAUUAGUACUACUUUCUUCCGUAGCAAGAGUCCCUCAAAAAUUGUCAGCACAUUCAAUAGAUUACCAAGAGUAACAAGAAGACAUGUUGAAGGUCCCACUAAUUUGUGGUCAACAACACCAACAAUGGACCUGGAAUAUAUUUGCACAUGUAGAUUAUGUUCAUUCACUGUGGAGGUCUACAUUGAGUGCUGUGGGACUGUAUUUCCAAUGUCCAAAGUACUGUAUAUUACAACGCAGUCUUCAAUUAUGUUCAUGUGCAAAUACAUAUCAGCUCACUAGUUUAUCUGCAAAUAUAUCCUUACCUAUAAAUACUGUAUAUUUUUGCAUUAUGGGAAAGCUGAACAGCAGCUGUUUGCCCCAGCUUGGCUCCUGUGAGAUCCUUCCUCCAACAUGAAUGUCUCGAGUUUCAUUUAAAAGGAUACCAUACAAACUUAGGAAACUUAGUACAUACUACAGAGGAUUAUAUUUGCAAUAAUGUUACCAUAGGAGGCAAACAAUGAUGAAAAACAUGGAGAGCAUGCACAGUUAGUUGCACAGUGUUGGGCAGUAGUUAGCAGCAAGCUAGCAAUUAGUAGCUUUGUCUUUGCCCAUGUCUUCAGUUGAGGAUAGGAAUUUAUCUGAAGGUAAUGAGUAAUUAUACCAACUUAUAUUGCUGUUGAGUAAUGUGUAAUUGAAAAAAAUGUCAAGUAACUUGCCCAACACUGGUUACUUAUUUGAGCGGUGUCACCUUAAACAAGUAUUUAGAUUAGCAUGAAUUCAGUCACAGAAAGUAAAUGUAAUUCCAGUAAUCAGGUUGCUUUACUUAAGCUGUGUCUCAAUUUGGAUACUUCCGUUUGUACACUUCCAUGUAGUAAACUGUGUACACUAAGUACUGUAGUGCGUGAAUUUCAACAGGGUAGUGUUCAAAUCGAAUACGGCUGUUGUGUACUAACCUGAAAUGACCAUCACAACAUUUGACCACCUCUUCUUCUUCUCCUUCUUCUUUUUAAUGGCCAGCUCAUUUGUUCACUUGACAAUUGCAUUAAUUGUAUUCCGGUGUUUACCGGAGCAACUGCAACCACUGCAGCUUCCUCGGCCACCAUUUCACAAGUUUGGUGAUUCCUGCCCUUUAGCUACGCAGCCAAGAUGGCGACCAUUGAGGGCAAGAAGUGUCCAGCAUUGCACAUUUAUCUUUUUGACCGUUUUAAGUACACCAUCCACGUACUCAUAAUAUACUAGAUUGUUUAUACUUGUCAGUGUUUACACACUUUCAAAAUACUGAAGUACACAAAUUGAGACACAGCAAAAGUGUUGUGUGAACACUACGCUACCCCAGUGUGGUUCAGCUCAGUGCAAAUAACCCAGUUCAGCUCAGGACACGGUUGCAUGACAGAAUUAUUUAUGGACAUGACGAUGUGCUUAAAGGUGAAGCCUGUUUGAUGCGCUCGCUGAUGACAAAGAAACAGGAGGGUUUAAAUGAGUCUUUUGAAACUGACAGAGAGAGGAAGAUAUGUUUGGAAUGAGCAUUUCACUGCCUGUUCAUACAAUAUGUACUGUAUGUACUGUACUUGUAAAUGAGAAUCAGGCGCACAGAUUUGGUAUGAAAAGGUUGUUAGAAAAUAUUACAUGAAAUAUUCAGUUUCAGUAUUGUUUUUUUCAUUCCGCAGUAUUGUUUGAAUAGUUAGUCUUAGUUUAAAUUAAUGUAAAAAAAAUAAUAAACUCCAGUUGUAACACAAACUAUUAAGCUGUGUAACAUAUGGAUGUAGGAUGUGUUUCACAUGUGUGAGUGACUGUGUCCUUGCUUGGCUGGUGAACUCUUCAUCAACAUGUUUGUACAAUCUUCUAGCAGUGACCUGAACAUAGCCGGUGGCAUCAGCACUCUUACAAGUCCUUUUUGUUGACUUAUUUCUGAGCACUGUUUUAAACAUAUUUGUGGCCCUUUAAAAAUAAAAGUAUGAUGAUUUAAUUAAAAGAGUUAGAGAGGAGACUGUUUGCAAUCUUUAAACAUUGUCUCCCUCUGCCAGAACACCUUUUUGUUGAACAUUUAAACAUGGUUUGUUUGGGGGGGGGACUACUGUAUGUGUGUUGUCACAUGUGGGUGAUGUUUGUUCUAUCAGCUGCGUGAGAGGGUAGAAGGGGAGAGAAGCGGGCUAGGACUCCAACCCCCCGCAAAAAAAAAAAAUCAUCUGAAGCGUUCGUGUAAGGACGUCUGUCAAGGUCACAGUGUACAUGAAUAUUCGUACGUAUGCUGAAUGUACUGAAAUGUGAAUGGGGACAUCGCACUGUACAUGUUUGACUUGCUUGAACCAUUGCAAUGUCUGAACUGUGUUCUCGUACAACUGAACUGAAUGAAGUUUAAAUAGUAGGAAAGCAAUACAGCGAUAGUGUGCAUGUACGUACAUUCACAAUGAUGUUCCAGUGUGGGUAUGUUAAAGGAAAAUACCAUUGUUUUGUUUGCUCUCGGAUACUUGUGUUCGACAUUGCAUGGCUCUGAAUGGUUUAAUUUGGAGUUUAGAGACCCUUUACUACAAGUUCAGGGACACUGUUAGAGCCAAUUCCACGAGUCUGCAUGUGUAUAUGCUCUAUGUUUAUCAAUUCUAGUGCAAAUUGAAUUCACUGCCAGUUAUCUACAGUUAGUUAUUACUUGAUUAAAGGGUUUAUAAAUCCCUGCAGAACAGACAUGCUGCUUAAUUCCAAAUGAUGGAUAACGACUCAGGACAAGACCAGGAUGCUAAAGUUGUCUUUUCACAUUGAACGAGAUAACAGAAAGUCAGAUCAAACUACACACACUGGCAUAGGAUGAGCGUGAGAUGAGAGUAAGAUACAACACUGCUAUUUUCCUUUAAAAUGCCCAAUUAACAGCACAAAAAGUUAUCUAACUAAAACAAUAAUGUCUUUUUUUAACAUGCUGAUUUAACUGUGUACUGAACUAACUGUCUGAACAAGCUGAAAUAACUACUCUGCUACAGAUGUGUCAAUAUGAGUGUAUUUGUAUGUGAGUAGAAGUAGGCUUACUGGCUCGUGGGCUAAGCAGGGGCUACAGUGAAAACAGGACACUCUGUAGGAACAUACAUAUGGACACAUCGCCGGAUUUACAUGCGUGCGUACAAACACAAACAUAUACACGUCAUAGCACAUACACACAAAACAAUCCCUUCUUCCUCAACUGAGAAAACUACACAGGCUUACUACUGUACAGCAUGUCCAAAAGGAACUAGCACUGUAAAAAAUAAAAAACAUUUUAACAUCAUUUCAUGAUUUUAUUCAGUUAAAAAAAGUUGAAAAUAUCCCAUGUGGACAUUCAGUGAUAUUACUGCAAUUUAAUUUAUUUUGCCCUUAACUCGACAACAUCUAGAUUAGUACAGGCAUGGAACAUGGUGCAUUUCUUUCAUGUUACAGGCAGUUAUAUGCACACAAUUAAAACAAUACUGAGAGAAUCCUUCACUGACAAAAUGACCAUUUAUAUAUUGCUCAAUUACUCAGCCUGUGUUUGCUUAAAUAUUUAAAUAUAGCUUCUCGCAUGCCUCACGGUGAAUGAAGCCUUUUUUGUUUUUUUAAACCUUACUAUUUAGAACACUUCAGACUCGUCCGGUAGCACGCCUGCUCAAGUGUGGGACUUAAAUAAUAAGGUAUUAGCGAUAAUGCAUGUGUUUGGGAAGUAGUGAGCACACGACUGGAUAAAUUAGAUUUGGAUUACACUGCACCAGUUGUGUGAGAGUUUGUAAACGGAUGUUAGGGUUAGAUAGAUAGAUUUCUUUACCGUGGGGGCAAAACAAAGUUUUCUUCAAGAAUUCAAAGUAACACGGGGUUAGUAAUUGAUAUAAAAAUGGUCAUUUUGUGGGUAAAGUAUUCUUUUAAUGAUUAGUUUAUUGAGAUGGUGGGACUACAGUAAGGUUGAGACGUAAACACACAACAGCACCUUUGUCUGAAAAGCCUGGGGGUGUACAAAAUCUACUAAUUAAACAACUAUCCAAUUUGUGUUUCCCACAUAUACCGUAUGUGUAGAGACCAUUUUACACCUAAGUAUCCCUCUCUUCUUUUUCCUCUCUGUUAUCUUCCUCUUUUCUUACCUCCAUCCACUGGCGCAGUACACCCAGGGAAGCAGUCUUUCCAACACGUUAGAAAACAACGCUUGUCAUGAUGAGUCCCAUUGGCUGGACUCGGCCUCUUUGUCCCUCGCAGCCCAUCAAAGCUAAUGAAACAUUACUCUGAUGAAGUCUUUACUCACACCACAGCCAAUAUGUGCUCUGUUUCCCUCUCUGUCCAUCUCCCCUUCACUCUCUUCCUUCCCCUCUCUCCAUGUGUGUGUGUCUGUACUGUAUGUUGGUAUGCAUGUGUGCCACAGUUCAAACGUGGAUGUGUGGUAAUGGCUAACGGGUGGUAUCAUUAUGGUUCCUAGGAGUGUUGUUCAAAGAAGAGCUGGAAGCAUUAGCUAGGGUAAACUGCUCCCUGCUGUACACAGAACUGGUUUCAAGGCGAGCAGCUGGAUGUCUGACACUCCAUCUGAGUGCUAGAUUACAUUUUAAUUAAUUUUGAUCAGGAUUUGUAUGACAUCUUUUUGGCAUCAUCUCACAGGCAUCUUAUAUUACUUUGAUGGCUUCUUGGUGAGCUUCUGUCAAAGAAACCUACAAGAUGCAAGUGUGAGCAGUAAGUCAACAUGCAGUGGAACCUUUUCCCCACAAUAAAUCUGCUGGUGUUUACAGCACAGGGUUGGGAAGACACUGUUUCUUAUUCAUUGAAGAGUAUUGUUUUUUGUGUUAAAUUGAGAGGAACUGCCUAGUGUAAAAAUCCACUAAUGCAAUUUUUGUUUGUUUUAUAAAUGGGGGGGGGGGGUUGGUAUUGUAAAUGGGCUUCAAAAGCAUCUGCAUAUCGGCCAUAUCCUACUGCAGGAACAAAUGAAGCACUGUGACAGGUUCUGCUUUUAAUUCCACUUUUCUCCGCUUUUUUUGAGGAAGCGCUCCUAGUCUUAAAUCCUGGCACUGCUUAGGAGUUGAUAAUAACUCCAUAUUUUACAUAACAUUCUUUGCAAGCCAGUAGAAACUCACAUUAUUGUAUAAGUAAUCGUUCUACAAACGAAGGUGGGAGGUUUGAGCCGCUGUUGUCAUUUUGCUGUUGCCAGAUGUGACAUGGUAUCAUUAACAGUAGGGCUAAACAUACUGAUCAACAUUCAGCGAUGGUCAACUUCUCUCAGCCAGUAAUCUUGUUGACGGUCCGCACCUCAGCUGAGUUUCCCUGGUUACUCAGAUU